GCGGCGGGGCCGCCAUGGCGGAAGACGAGAGCGACCAAGAGUCGGAGCGGCUCAGCGAGGAGCUGGAGGCGCUGGCGGCGCCGGGGCUCCCGGCCGGGCUGCCCGCUCUACUCCGCAGCCAGUACUACUGCCGCCGCUUCUGCCAGGUUGUUGAAGACUAUGCUGGAAGAUGGCAGGUCCCUUUGCCUCAGCUCCAGGUGCUGCAGACGGCACUGUGCUGCUUCACGUCUGCCUGCGUGUCAUUCCCAGCCGAAUGUGAGCACGUACAGUAUGUGCUGAGUAGCCUUGCUUUGAGUUUUUUUGAAUUGCUGCUGUUCUUUGGAAAGGAUGAGUUCUAUGAAGAUCCUUUGAAAGAUAUUUUAGGUUCAAUCCAGGAAUGUCAGAACCUUCUAAAUAAAUACAGGAAUCUGAACCUGGAACUAGUGACUCGAAUCAUUCGAGAUGGUGGACCAUGGGAGGAUCCAGUAUUACAAGCAAUUCUUAAAGCAAAGCCUGUGUCACAGGAAUUAGUUAACAAAUAUUUAAGCUCUGAAAAUCCACUGUUCUUUGAACUCCGUGCCAGAUACCUUAUUGCCUGUGAACGCAUCCCUGAGGCAAUGGCUCUUAUCAAAUCUUGCAUAAAUCAUCCAGAUAUCAGUAAAGAUCUGUAUUUCCAUCAAGCUCUUUUCACCUGUCUUUAUAUGUCACCAUUAGAAGAUCAGCUAUUCCAGGAGCACUUGUUGAGGACUGAUUGCAAGAGUGGAAUUGAGAUCAUCUGCAACACUGAAAAAGAAGGGAAGACUACCUUAGCCUUACAGCUUUGUGAAUCCUUCCUAGUCCCACAGCUCCAAAAUGGGGACAUGUAUUGUAUAUGGGACCUGAUCUUCAUUUGGAGUAAACUGCAGCUCAAAUCUAAUCCAUCAAAACAAGUAUUUGUGGACCAGUGCUACCAGCUUCUAAGAAUUGCUACAAAUGUCAGAGUAAUUUUCCCUUUCAUGAAAGUCAUUAAGGAUGAAGUUGGUGAAGAUGGCCUUCAGAUCUGUGUUGAGAUAUGUGGGUGUGCCCUACAGCUGGACCUCCGUGAAGAUCCCAACAUGAAAAGUCUUAUUUAUAAAGCAAUCGCUCAUUUUCUGCCAAAUGACUUGGAGAUCCUCAGAAUUUGUGCUCUCUCCAUCUUUUUCCUGGAGCGCACCUUGGAAUCUUACUACACUGUUGAACACUUGUAUAAAUGUGCAGAUGAAGAAUACAAUGAGUGCACUAGUUCUGUUCAAAACCGCGUGCGGUUUGAGCUGCUGCCCAUCUUGAAGAAAGGAUUGUUUUUCGAUCCCGAGUUCUGGAAUUUCUUGAUGAUCAAGCAGAAUUGUUUAGCGUUAUUGGGGGAUAAAGCCUUGGAUGGCUUGAGUGAAAGUACACUGGAAAACUCUCCUGCAAAUGUAGAGAAAACAGCAGAGUACAGGGCUCUGGGUGAGGAACGUGGCUGUUUAACAGAUGUCAGCAAUGGGGAGCUUGACCCUGGAAACUCUGGAGCCCGUUCCAAAGGGAAUGCCAGGAAGAACCACCAAGCUCUUGAGCCAUCCAAAACGUUGGAUCAGACUGAACCAAGGCACUGCUGUGUGAUCUGCAACAAGGAGUUCCUUGGGGAUCACAUAGUGAAACACGCACAAGCUCACCAAAAAAAGGGCAGCUUCUCCUGUGUACUUUGCACCAGAAAGUUCAGGCAGAAAGGACUCAUGCUGAAGCACCUAAGGAAUCAUGUCAGGAAGAUAGAAAGGCAACAUCUUGCUGCAGCCCUUGAGACUUGUCAGGAGGCCCCGGCUCUUCAUGAAGUGCAAUGUUCUGCUGUUUCUGUGUCUCUUGAAAAUGGCAAUUCUGAGGGCUCCAAAGAUACUGAACCAGAGGCUACAGUAGCUCCGAGUUCUGAUCAGGUCCAAGAGGAGGCUGAGAAUGCAGAACAGGUUUUUGAUGCAGUGGAAAACCAUCUAAGUGACCAGGAUGAUGCUACUGAAAACAGUAGUGACAGCUGUUUUAAUAAUGUUCCUGAUGCUUUAAGUACAGAGAGCCUGCCUGAGGAUGAUGAGAGCUCCAGUAAAGAGUCACCCAUUCUGCAUAAAGUGAAUGGAGUGUUUUGCCCUGAAAAAGACAUUGAUGCUUUGGAUGAGGAAGGAACCUUUAAGUGCCCUGCUAAUGGUUGUGCUAGAGUGUUUAAAAAAAUAAGAUUCCUCAACAAACACGCCAGAAAAACUCAUCCAACUGAUCUGAAGGUGCAACAGCAUAUAAUGAAAUGGAAUAAAGGAAAAUGCCGCUUCUGCCAGAGGAAAUUUGCUGAUUCCCAACAUUUUAUAGACCACCUGAAGAGACAUGUGUAUCCAAAUGUUUACUUUUGUUUACACUUUAAUUGUAAUCAGAGAUUUAAGCUGUCGACUGAGCUUGCAGAGCAUACAAAAAGUCACAAUGUGUUUAAAGCUCAGUGCAAUUUCUCAAACUGCCGUGAGCUAUUUGAGGAGCUCCCUUUGCUGUAUGAACACGAGGCUCAGCAUUACUUAAAUAAAACCCCAGAAUGUUCAGAAGAUGCAAGUGAAAAAGAUUCUUCAGAUGAUCCUUCAGAACCUUGUAGUUACCAAGAUGAUGAUGAAUCCGUUAAUGAAAAAGAAACUGUAGAUUUACCAAUUCCAACCUGGAAGUCAAGGAAGGAUUCUGCAGAACCAAAGACAUAUAUUCAAAGUGUGGAGAAGAAAGCAAAUAAUGUAAUUCACAAUGGAAAUGAAAGCUCAUCUGAGGGUAGUGCUCCAGUUUUAAGUUUGAUAGACCAAAAGACACCUGUGUUACAGCCAAAUCCUGAAAACUGUAAUGUUGUUAGUGACCAACUGGUCAAUGGGCACAGUGACCCAGAUCAGACAUCAUCCAAGGCAUCCCAGAUACCUUUGGACAGAGUAGCAGAUGAAACAAGGACAGAAAAUGGGUCAGUGUUAACAGUUUUACAGAAUUGUCACGAUGCACCACAAAAUAGUGCUCCUGCAGCCUCACAAGUACCUUCUAAACCAAAUCAGACAACAGAGACUACUUCAUACGGUGUCAUCUUAACAAAACCCUACGUCAGACCAUUGCCUCCGAGCUACCUUGACGAACGUUACAUUAGCAUGCCAAAACGGAGAAAAAUUUUGGCUGAUGAAGUAGAUGCUUAUUCUGAACAAGACAAAAUUUGUAGCAAAUCAACAGAAAGAUUUAGAUGUGGCAACUGCUUGACCAUCUACUGUAAUUCAGAAGCACUUGAGGCUCACCUUGCACAAAAGAAGUGUCAGACACUCUUUGGAUUCGAUUCAGAUGAUGAAAGUGCCUGAUUCAAUGUUAUGGAGAGAAGUAUCAGAUGAGGAGUGGUGUAAAGAAACACUACAUGAAACAGCAUCAAUUUGUUUCCCAGUUGGCCUUAAUCAUGAAGCAGUCUCGAAUUCCUAUAGAAAAACAUGACCUUGAUAAAGACAAAGCACAUUUUCUAGACAAAACUCACAGAGGAGUAAUAGGAGCUCUGCAGGUCUUGAGUCCAAGAAAGUUGCUACAAAACCCCCAAAGUACCAGUUAUCCAAAAAAGCCAUGUUCAUUCCAAAUGUAUGAUUGAAGCUUAAUGGCACAGCUUUUCUAGCGUGAAAGUUGAAGGACAAUAAGGCAUAGAGGU